AUGAAUCAUCAAGCAAAUUUAUUCACCAUUUCUCAAUCCCUCAAAUAUUACUCUUUGCAAUCCCUGUUGACACGGGUCGAUAACCAAUCCGUGGUCUCCAAUCACAACAAAAAAUCAGCUACCAAUUACCAAACGAUCACUCAACAAGUUGAAACAUUUCAAAAAGAAUGGAACUCUCUCAUUCAUGGCUCCUCUCAAGAUGAAUUCUUUUCUUUAUUAGGAUUCAGCCAUUCGAUGGAUAGAAUAUUAACAGGAACAUCUUCAAACAAUGGUGCCUCUAAUCAAACCAAUGCUACAGCUAGCGCUACACUUCCACUCACGACUCUUGCAAGAAAUUUAUUAUCCAGUACUCUGAAAUUGAAUACACUAUUACUGAACAGCUCAAACGUGUACAUUCCCAGCAACAUGGAUCUUAACGAAUACUACUACAACAACAUUUACAUGUCCUCCAAUCAAUUCAUGGAUAGUUUAUUACAAUUAAUGCAAAACACAUUUGAAGAAUUCACAGUCACUGGUCAAAGAGAUUUCAUUAUUGUUGCCUCGCUCUUGUCCAUUCCAAUUCUUGCUCUUCUCAUGUAUUUGAUUUAUCACUAUACACGUUCCAUUUCACAUGAAAAUCAUCAAAUGAGAUUACAAUUGAAUCAUCUUCCUUGGGAAAUUCUCGAUUCGACUCUCGACAUUCAUAAUUUUAUCUUUCAUGGAACUUUGGUCAAGUAUGAUUUUGAGAGACAGCUACGUACGAAAAAAGUCAAAAACACAAAGGAAAAGGCAAUUUUGGAAGCAUGCAUCACGGGUGCUGUGAUUUGUUCUUCGUUUGGAGUUGUGGAAAUUUUCAAUACCUCUGCUUUGAAAAUGUUUGAUUAUCGUUCAGAACAAGUAAUAGGUUCUCCCUUAGAAAAACUAUUUGAUAAGAAUUCAUAUGGAGUAUUGAUUCCAAUUUUAACCAAGAUGGGAUCCUCUUUGAAUUCGUAUGGAGAAAAUGUGGAAUUAGUAGGAAUGAGAAAGAAUGGAAGUACCUUUCCAGUGGAAUUGAGAAUUUCAGUGUCCAACUUGGAAGGAAGGAAUAUCAUUUCAUGUUUUUUGAAAGAUUUAACCUCUGAUAAGGAACAAGUGAAACAAUUGGACGAGGAAAAGAAAAAAUCAGAAUCACUGUUACUCACAAUAAUGCCAGAACACGUUGCUCGAAGACUCAAAUUGGGUGAACAAUUCAUUGCAGACAAGUUCGAUGACGUCACUUGCUUAUUUUCAGAUUUAGUGGGUUUCAAGGAAGCAAGCUUAUCCAUGUCAGCAAUUGAAAUUGUAGGAACAUUGAAUGAUAUUAUUAACAAAUUCGAUGAAGUCUGUAUCAAGUAUCAUUUAGAAAAGAUUAAGACCAUUUCUGAAAAGUACUUUUGCAGUGGUGGUCUGAAAGAAAAUGAAAAGUCCUUUGAUCUUCCUCAUACCGAGCGCUGUCUGUUGUUUGCCAUCGACUUGUUUGGAGUGAUGCAUGCCUUUAACGAAUAUUCAGAAAAGAAGCUGAACAUUAGAAUUGGAAUUAAUAAUGGUCCAGUUGCUGCUGGAGUUAUCGGUGUUGUGAAAUUUGCAUAUGACUUAUGGGGCGACAAUGUCAAUAUAGCAUCAAGAAUGGAAAGUACUUGUCCUCCAUCUCGAAUCCAAGUCACACAAGGAGUCAAAGAACGAUUGCAAGACAAGUUUAUAUUUGAAGAAAGAGGAUAUGUCCAGAUAAAAGGAAAGGGAGCAAUGAAAACAUUCCUUCUCUCGGAUCGUUACCAUUUGAAUCCUGUGGAAUGA